CACACACUCAUUCAGUCACACACACACAGUCACUCACACAGUCACUCAGUCACACACACUCAUUCAGUCACACACACAGUCACUCAGUCAGUCGCAGUCACACUCUCUCAGAGACUCAGGGACCAUGCCUCCGUUUGACAAGACCCAGGUGCAGAGCAAGCCCUUCAAGCAGAGGAAGAGCUUCGCUACGAGGAAACAAGAAGUGGCGGGAAUCAGGUCCAAGUUCCCCAACAAAAUCCCGGUGAUAAUUGAACGCUACGCGAGGGAGAAGUAUCUUCCUCCGCUGGAUAAAACAAAGUUCCUGGUGCCGCAUGAACUCACCAUGACUCAGUUUGUCACCAUCAUCAGGAACAGGAUGUCCCUGCUGCCGUCCCAGGCCUUCUACCUGCUGAUUAAUGGCGGCGGGAUGGCGAGCAUGUCCCUGACCAUGGCGCAGGUGUACAAAGACCACCAGGACGAGGACGGCUUCCUCUACAUGACGUACGCCUCGCAGGAGAUGUUCGGACACUGACCGCCGCCUACGACGCACGCCAUACCUUUACUUAGACUUUGAUUAUUAAACGCUACAGGUUAACGGCUGCUGGCCCUCCCCACUCAUGCUGUAAAUAGAAAA